AUGGCUGGUAAGCUUUCGUACUCCACUGUGGACAACGCAGUCAAACCACUUUGGGGUGGCAGCGCGCCCUCAAGCUGCGUCGCAAACCAUUUACAUGACCAGACGCUAAUGACAAGAUCAGAUGAACCACGACGCUCCGGUCGCGCCACCAAGGGCCAGCACAAGAACCUCGAGUUACCUCCCGAUGCCCCCGGCAAGAAAGGAAAAAGCAAGAGCCCCAAGGAGAGGAGCGCGAAGUUGUCUGCCGAACCUACCCCGGGUCCCAGUGAAGGAGAAGGAGAAGAGGAGGAGAUAAUCCGAUGCAUCUGUGGGGAAUAUGAAGAGGAGGAAGAUGUUGAGCGAGACAUGAUCUGCUGCGACCAGUGCUCGGCAUGGCAACACAACGACUGCAUGGGCUUGACGUUCGGCAAGGGCCAAGAACCAGAUCAGUACUACUGUGAACAAUGUCGGCCUCAAAAUCACAAGGCCUUGCUCGCCAAGAUUGCUGCUGGCGAGAAGCCUUGGGAGAAGGUUGCCGAGAGACGUCGCCAAGAAGCAGAGGAGAAGAAGUCCAAGCGCAAGAAGGGCAAGAAGGGAACCGCCCGCAAAGGAAGAAUGAGUGAGAGCAGGACAGAUGCAGGCACACCAGUACGUACUGCAACCUCGAGUACGCCUGGUCCCCAUGAAUCCCCUGCACCCGCUGUGUCUGCGUCAGCCGAGCCAGAGAAGAAUGGCCAUGCUGACUCUCGGCGAUCGAGUACGCACAAGCGCAAACUUGAAGAGAGUGCCGAGGCAGAGAAUGGUCCACAGGUCAAGCAGCAAAGGAUAUCACCCCAAUCGACCAGCGCAGCAGGUAUCCCAAUGUCGACUGAACCCCAAGUCAAGCCAGAUCCUACCCCUGAAGCACCCGUUGUUGGAAACCUGCAGGACCUUGUCCCUGCCCGCAAGAGUGUGGCUACAGCGCUCCUCAAGCUAUUUGUAGAACAGAUUGCCGCGGCCCAAAAGACCAAGGCUUUUACUUUGAGUGCCGGAAAGUCGGCGGAGGACGUUGCACGGCCACUCGCUUUAUCCAUUGAGGAUGCCAUGUACGAGAGUAUCUGCGGACGUUCGGGCGAUCCCACUGAACCAUAUAAGUCGCAAUUCCGCUCGAUCAACUUCAACGUAAAGAAGAAUGCUUCUCUACGAGAUCGUUUGCUUGUAGGUAGUCUCUCUCCAAAGGCGUUGUCUCAAAUGACAUCGCAGGAGAUGGCCAGCGAAGAGUUGCAGCAGAAAGACGCCGAGAUCAAGCGGGAAGCAGAACGUCAGCACAUGAUUAUCCAAGAUCAAGGCCCCCGGAUCCGACGCACGCACAAGGGAGAAGAAUUGAUCGAAGACGAGAACCAUGCCGCCAACGAUUCCGUCUUCUCUGCCGGACCCCGUCGUGCUACCGGCGAUGGUGAAGGCAGCCCAACUGCCAACAGUCCGUCCAGUCCAAAGGGACAGCGAUCCAAGAUUGACGGUCCCCAUCGUGGCGUCUCGCCAGAAGGUGCUCAUCAUGACCACGUCUUCCCGGAGGUUGCCGCAAACAUUCGUGAGUCGGUGCCCAGGGGCAGGGCCCAAGCAGACGCCGAGAUCGACCAACUUUUGCGAGACGACGAACCCGAUUCUCCUCCUUAUUCCCCAAAGGACUUUGAUGACGACGGCACUGUGUGGCGUGGAAAGGUCACAAUGUUCCCCAUCGGAGAGUUUUCCUCGUCCGCAAAGCAUGUGGGAGGCGCUGACUUGAGUGGCCGCAUCCCAUGGAGCCAGCUUUCGCCACCCACAAUGUUUGUUGACGGACGUAUCGAUAUCAAGCGGGCCACAGACUACCUCUGCGGUCUGCAAUUUAGCAAGUCUACCGACGUUUCUGUGAUUGCAGUCACCAGCCCUAGCCAACCCGAGGACCGCGCCGGUUUCGACAAGAUCUUUGACUACUUCCACAGCCGCCAACGCUACGGUGUGAUUGGAAAGCACCCCCUGUCUGCUGUCAAAGAUACCUACAUCGUCCCAAUGGAAGUCGGCACCACCAAGAUGCCCGAGUUCAUCGAACUACUUGAAAACAUCUCCCUGGAGGCGCCCAUCACUGAGCGCAUGCUUCUCACCGUCUUCGUCGUCAAGACUGGCGAGUCAACCCCUCCAUCCGUACAGCCAUCCUCCCACCAGGCCAGCCAGGAGCCACCCGUGUCCGCAAGCCCCCUCACAGCUGUAGCGGGAACCCCCCAACAGCCUCAUUUCAGCGCUGGAGUCGCACCGACUCCUCCCCAUUUCGGCGGAUACAACUCAACCAACGGAGCCCUCAACCAGCAAACGCCCACACCGGCAGCACAGAUCCCGCCUCAGCAGCCCCCGCUGACCGGCCUGCCCGCUGCUGUUCAAGUGUUAGGCUCUCAAGUUGAAGCGCCUGCUAUCCAACAAUUGUUGAAGACCGCACCUAACGUGGAAAUAGCGCAGCUGAACGUUGUCCGCGAAAUUCUGGCUCGCCAACCGGCGGCCGCAGCAUCCUACGACACCUUGAUGCAAGCUCUAUUUGAGACCCAAGCGAACGGCGGUCAAGUUCCUCAAUAG